AGUGGAUGUUAAGAAGGGCCAUUUUCGUAUAUUUCUGCCGAUUGUCAAUACAGUAUAGUACAUGUAUAUGUAAUAGAAACUAUUUUCAGUACUGGCAGUCAACUGGUCAACUGGUAGUAAUAUACGAAUAUGACCUAGGUACAAAUCUACUUUUUUGGGUCCAAGAACGACUGCGCAUCCACGGGAAUGGAAUACCGGAAUACCUGUUAUGGAACAUGUCGGACACAGUCAACAACGGUCAAUUCGGCAGGGCCAUUAAUAAAGAAAGAAAAAAAUUAGCAUCAUUCUGAUUGUUGUUACAUUUGUAUUUCUACAAGAUGAACACGCGUAGGAGCUUACCUAACAUUUUAAUAUGUGGCCCACCUGGCAUAGGCAAGAGCACGUUGGCGAAUUUGUUGGAGGAAGAUACUGAAUUAAACUGGAUCGACGUCAGUAAAGUAGCUAUUGAUACUGGAUGUGUGAGCGAGUAUGUCGAAGAGUUACAAUGCAGCAUAUUAGACGGGAACAUGUUAGUGAAACUUAUGGAGAAUUGGAUGAAAGAAGGAGGACAAAUCGUGGACUAUCAGAGGGCCGACUUGUUUCCUCCAAAUUGGUUUGAUGCUGUGUUUGUGCUUAGAGCAAACGAUACUAUUUUAGACGACCGUCUACAUAAAAGACAGAAGACAGAAAAAAAGGCCAAGAACAAACCAAAUAGCAAUGUAGGAGCUGAAUUUUUUAUAAUUGUUAUCCAAGAAACACAAGACUCGUUUGACUCAGAAAUAGUGCAUGAACUAACGAACAAUGUUCCAGAAGACAUGCCAAUUAAUGUAGAUAGAAUACUUGAAUGGAUAGAGGAAUGGAAAAAAGAUAAUAUAUAAAAUUACUUCAAUAUUUACCAGAACGCGAACUCUCGUAAGGAUGUCGGUCUUUAAAAGUAUCUCGUCGUCGGUGUAUGAUCGACUCACAAAGUCAAGUACAUUUAUUUUUUAUUUAUUUGAAUUACAUUAUAUUUACUCACAUUAUGACUAAAAAUUGUAACUGCACCUUCCUUGCUUUUAUUGUUGCAAAUUGCUCAUAUGAUCUGUUCAAAGUUAAUUCUUUCAGACAAAAGUUUAUUGUUAUUAAGAAAAAAAGUAGUAUGAAAAGAUGGAAGGUAAUUUUACGAGAAAAUU